CCCUUGCCUAUCGAAAAAUUGAUUUGCGCCUGGCUCAAAUUUUAUUUUUCAGUUCGAUUCAGGAAAUCUAAGAAGAAAUGGAGUUUAAUCAGCAUGUGAAUGCCGUAUUGGACACGUUAGUGGACAAUACAAAGUUCUUCAGGGAAUUGGCCGAUGUCAUGUCCGAGUUUAGAAAUGGCGGGGAGAUGCAAAAACUGCUGGAGGAAAGCGCCCAAAAGCGCGUGGAGCAGGCCGAGAAUCUAAUUAAGAUGAAGAGCAAGCACCAAUCACUCGAUCAGGCGAUGCAGCAGGCCAAAAGCGAGAGCUCCACCAUCGAGGAGUUCGAGAGGAAUUGGAAGGAGCGCUGCGAGGCGGUGGACAAGAAACGCAUCAAUGUCGGGAACAUGGCCGAGUUCAAGAACUUCAAGCGAGCUGUCCAGGCUGCAGCAGCUUCCUACGGAUCUGCGGAGGAUACUGGCCAUGCAGCCAAUGGCACAGCCGCCCACGAUGACGACCUCAUCAUCGAGGGCAUCGAGGAGACCGGCGGCGAGAUCUUCUCGCUCUACGAUCCCUGGUCCAAGGCGUUGAUGAAGAACCCAGUGCGCAACACGGUGUGCGGUCACAUCUACGACCGCGACUCGGUGAUGCCGCUCAUCAAGAACAACAUCGGCAUCCGGUGUCCGGUUCUGGGCUGUGCCAACAGGAGCUACAUCCAUCCGGCGCACCUCAUCGAGGAUGCCAAGGUGCGGGCGAAGGUGCUCCAGCAGAUGGCCGAGGAGGCGGAGGUGGAUGCCACCUCAGAGGAGGAUGAAGAUGAUGACUGAGCGGCAGGCUGUGAUUUGCUUUGCCUUAGAUUAAACCUAAUAUAGGUAUUUUAAUUAAGAAAAACAAAUUUUGUAGGUAUUAAUUAUGAACAUGUUAUUUGCAUUUUCGAACCACUAUCACAUCGUUUUCUAUUUUCUUGAAUGCUCACCAUCUUAUGUACAUAUGUUAAAAAUUAAAAAUUUAUGAAAUAUUA